GCAGAACAAGAGAAACUGGCAGCUAUUAUUAGUGCAGAUGGUGAUGCCACAGCUGCCUCACUCUUAGCUAAAGCCUUUCAAGAAGCAGGCGAAGGCCUUGUCGAGUUGAGGAGAAUAGAGGCUUCUGAAGAUAUUGCUUAUAGGUUAUCCAAGAAUCGUGGAGUGAUGUAUCUACCAAACAAUCAAAGUACUCUAUUAAGCAUCCCACCACAAUAAUGGAAGAAUAGAUUGCAGAUUUUGUUAUGCACAAGAUGAAGUGUGCUGAACUGUAGACUGACAAGUAGCCAGACCACUGUGCUCUUGUACGAGAUAUGUUGUAUUUCAUGCACGGUCUGAGGAUAAGUUGCAGUUAACACAGUCCAUUGUAUUGUUUGUCAUAAGUAAUUUCUGGGAAUUAUUCUUUUGAAAUUGAAAAAGAUAAUUAUUUUGUUUGGGGUACAGGAAAUUAUAGGUAUUGUCCUGUUCCCCAAGAUGUAUUGUAAAUAGUUUCCAUUAGUGAUUUCUUGACAUCUGAUGAUUGGCCAUUCCAGUUUUGUUAUUUACAAGAAUUUUAGUUUUUCAAUGUAUUGGAGAAAAGCAGUGUACCAGAAUGGGAUUUUUUGGGAAUGGUAUUGUAUAUUCUAUGCAUUAUAAGAAAAGCUAUAUAACACUACAAGUAUGUUUUGUAAGAAAUAAAGAUUGUUUUGGCAACUGUU